AUGGCGCUGCAAGACUUGUUGGCCGGGCUGCCAGAAGUCGGUGGACAUGAGGAGGACCCGCUGGUGACGGGCUUGGCGAAGCAGGCGGAGCUGCAGCGGAUGCGUUCCGAGGCCUCCCAAGCGCGCUGGGCGGAGUGCCAAGACCAUAAGCUUUGGUUGGCGGAGAAGAAUUGGCGAAAGCAAGUGAGAAAGACGAAGGAAGAUGAGCGCCGGCGAAAGGCAGAGGAAGCUGCACGUGCAGAAGCAGAGCGAAGGGCGGGAACAGCUUGA